AUGAGUACCCUGGAAGCCGGACCCAACAUCAAUGUUGACGAGAGCAGGCAAACCGAUACCCGAUUAUUAGACACAGAUGGUGUAACAGAGCUUAUAGAGAGCAUCAAGACCGCCUCCAGCUCCGACCUACUACCCUACGGCUCCAGCGUCUUUGACCACUCAGCCAUGGCCCCUGCUUCCCCAGCCGCCGCAGCAGCUCUUGCACGGCUUCGAGCCUAUGUCCCACCGCCAUUUCCCAUAUGGAACUACCUCCCCGUCUCCCGCCGCGCCGCCGUCCUCCUCCUCCUCUUUGCCGACCGCCAAGGCGACCUCCGGGUCGUCGUUACUAUGCGAGCUGCCUCGCUCCGUAACUACUCUGGCCAUGCGGCCUUACCGGGCGGGAAAGCCGAUACCCUUGAAGAAACACCGUUCCAGAUUGCACGCCGAGAAGCGUUCGAGGAGAUUGGUUUGCCGAUGGAUGACUCAAAACUCCCAAAGUCGAUCAGGAUAGAGCAUCUCUGCCAACUCCCAUUUAACCUGGCUAAGACGGAGCUUGCGGUGAGUCCCUGCGUAGCAUUCCUCCACUCCGAUGGCGCAAACGGAGAGACCGCCGAAGAGGCGAUGAUACCCACUCUCGAUGCGAAGGAGGUGGCUGCAGUCUUCUCAGCGCCUUUCCAUAAUUUCCUCAAGCUUGAGGAUGAGGUACCAGAAGGUGAGACGGUACCGGGAAGCAAGAGCGAUUGGUAUGAGGGCAGCUGGGUCGACUGGCAUGAUGGGUACCUCUGGCGUGUGCACAACUUCUAUGUCCCCAUCAACAACCAGAAAGUCACUAAACCCAAAGUAAGACAAGGUGGGCUUAAGGCUAUUGCGGAGCAGCUAGAGGAGGAAGAGGAGGCAGGUAUGGAGAGAUACAAGGUAUGGGGUAUGACGGCGAGGAUCUUGGUCGAUGUUGCGAGAGUAGCGUACGGUGAAAACCCGGAGUUUGAGCAUAAUGACCAUUACGGCGACGAGAAAUUGAUGGAUACCCUCUUUAAGAUGGGCCGUCUGGGUGAGAAGGAGAAUGGGACGCCAGGAUUGACUAGAGAAGAGAUAGCUAAAGAAGCUGCGAAGAUGUAA